CGGCCUGACGUCGGCGCGCUCGCUCCCCGACCCCGCCAGCGGCGCACGUCACACUCGACACCCGCGACACCCUCGGCACCCGAGCCGAGCCGACCACCACACCGCGCCGCGCACCAUCACCCCGUCACUGUUUACUGUGGACCCCAUCGAGGCCUGGCCCCAGAAACCACCCAGUGUCGCGAUCUGUGCAAAAUCAGUAUCUGGUGAAAACAAACACAUCACAAGGCUUUAGCGCAGGCGCGCCGCAAGCGGACAUGAUGAGAGCGGCCAUCUUGGCCGAGGACGCACUUUCGCCUCGCCCCAGCUUCAAAGCUCGUUUCGAAAGCUCCAUAUAAGUCGUAAGGAACGAGCUAUGCGUCGUGGAGCAGGAUCCGCGGCGUGCGCCCUCUGAGGCCGCCCCGCGCCGCUAUCGAUCCGGUAGCGUCAUGGCGCCCGCGGAGUGAAUGCGGACAUCGGGACAGCGCCGCAGCCCCCGAACGCGAGCGGAGCGCCCGCCCAGUGAUAGUGCAAGAGUGGUCGCGCGGCAUGUGAGACAGAGUGUUGGCGUGGUUGGGAGGGCGCGCGGGCGGCGGCGGGCCCGGCUGACCGCGCGCCAUGGGCGAGGAGUACGCGCGUUCACCGUGCGAGCGCUUCCCGGCGACGGGCGCGUUCAGCGUGGCGCCGCCGGAGAGGCUCAGCCCGCCGCCGCCCGCGCCGCUGCCGGAUCGGUUCUCGGCGUCCCCGCGGCGGGUGCGCCGCUGUGCGGAGGCGGAGCGCGCGCGGCGGCCGCGGUACGUGCCGCCAGCAGCGCACGUGCCCGUGGAGCGCUAUGUGCCGCGGCCGCCGGCGCCGCUGCGACCUCCGCCGCCGGUGUACUGCGGGCUGGCGUGCAGGCCGCCGCCGCCAGCGCCGCGCAAGUGCUGCGGGCCCGCGUGCCGCGAGGACAUCGCGGGCUCGCCGCCGCCGUCGCGCUACGUGGAGUACGUGGGCGCGGCGGCCGCGCGCCGGCUGGCCUGCACGCCGCCGCCGCCGCCGCCGCCCGCGCUGCAGCUGCCCUGCGAGCCCCAGGAGCCGCCGUGCUGUGUACAGGCUCGCAGGCGACCACAACCACCACAUGAUUGGUAUUAUCACUAUUUACAAUGGCGUUCAAGCGCGGGCCUGCUGGCGCCGCAGCUGGCAUGCCAGUCGUCAUCACCAGCGGCGUCAGCGCCGGCGCCCCCUCUGCCCGCGCCCGCCUCCCCUCCCCGCGUGGUCUCCGCCCCUCCCGCACCAACGCAACCCCCACCAGACCCCGCUCCCCAAGACCAAGAAGAUGGCGUCAGAUUACGGCGAACGCACACAGUUGCCGUACGAGACUACCUCAAGAGGGAAACGCAAACGUUCUUCGGCGUUCAGAAGAAUAAUGAGAGGGAACAAAGACGGCUUUGGUAUGAGAGGCGGAGGAGGCACGCGGCGCGGGCGCUCGGCGACCUCCGACCCGACCUGCCGCCCGAUCAUCAUCCUGAUGAUGAUGAUAUUAGUAUGUACGGAGCGUCGGGCGCAGCACCCAGAGAGGCGCGGGGGCGAGCGCGGGAGCGGCCCGACGUGUUGCCUGCGCCGGCGCCGCUGGAGGAGCCCGCGCCGCCCUCCCUGCCGCAGCCGGGGAAGGAUAGUGUCGCGCGGCUCACGCUCACCGGCCUUUCUUAUGUUGUUACUGCGGUGACGCGGCGCUCGCGCCAAUCGACGUCUGCGCAAUGGUCUCGGUCAUUCCGCGGCGUGGUGCCCGACGAGGUGGAUGUCGACGAUGUGUUCUUCAUGCCGCCGACGUCGGCGACGCCGCUGCAGAGUCACGACGAGGCUGAUCAUGUUGACGCAUCUAAGGGGGCGAGAUCCCCACUGGGGUCGAGCAGUGUGGAGUACCGGAGACCAGAGCGGAGCGUGUCGUGGGGGGCUGGGGGAGCUCGCAUCCACACACCGAUGCUGGAACCUUUAGCCGACAACUCUAACAGGAGGCAGUUCGGCAUGGGCGUUGUUGGUAGAUUCUUUAGGCGUUCGCUCCGCAAGUCGGUAGCACAUCAAGAGGAGGUGGCUCGCCAGCUCGACGAGCUGACGGACUACAGACCGUACUUCACGUGGUGGGUCAGCACGGUACAGACCUUGGUGCUGCUACUGUCUCUACUCUGCUAUGGGUUCGGACCUGUUGGCUUCGGGAGACACACCCACUCCGGACAGGUUCUGGUAAAGAGCUUGAGUUUACAACAGGUUGAAUGGGAAGAGCCAGCUUCAUUCUGGCUGGGGCCUCGGGCGGCGGACCUGAUACAUCUAGGAGCGAAGUUCGCGCCCUGCAUGAGACGAGACGCGAGGAUCGCACGAGCGAUAGCUGCAUCAGCUCGGAGAGAGAGGGACACGGCGUGCUGCAUACGAAAUGAUGAUUCAGGAUGUGUGCAGUCUUCUAAGGCUGACUGUUCGAUAAGAGGAUUAAUAUCAAAGAACACGAUCUCGACGUGGAAGAAAUGGUCCUCGGGAGAGUCGGGGCCUGGAGGUCGGAUAUCAGGGUCCGUUUGCGGAUUAGAUCCCAAAUUCUGCGAAGCACCGCGAUCGAUAGCGCCGCACGAAUGGCCGGACGACAUUACAAAAUGGCCGAUCUGUCGCAAGUCGGUCCUCGACGGGUCUGCGGCCGCGGGUCGGGCAGGCCACGCCGCAGAGCACAUGGCUUGCGAAGUGAUAGGCCACCCUUGCUGUAUAGGAGUCCACGGCCAGUGCGUCAUCACGACGAGAGAACACUGUGACUUCGUCAAGGGUUAUUUCCAUGAAGAAGCGUCAUUGUGUUCACAGGUGUCUUGUCUCGACGAUGUCUGCGGCAUGCUACCAUUUAUGCGGCGACGUCGUCCAGACCAGCUGUACCGAGCAUGGACGUCUUUAUUCGUUCACGCGGGUCUGCUGCAUCUAGCAGCGACGUUGGCACUGCAGUGGCUCUUCAUGAGGGACCUGGAGAAGAUGGCCGGGCCAGUUAGAAUAGCUGUCAUAUAUUUAGGUAGUGGGGUCGCCGGGAAUAUGGCGUCUGCUAUAUUCGAACCUUACAGGGCGGAGGUGGGGCCAGCUGGAUCUCAUUUCGGUCUUCUGGCGUGUCUAAUAGUAGAAGUGAUAGGCGCGUGGCCUCUCCUUAGGCAUCCGAAGCGGGCAAUCUUAAAACUAGUCGGUAUAGCUAUCGCGUUAUUCCUCCUGGGUCUUCUACCCUGGAUAGAUAACUUCGCCCACGUCUUCGGCUUCGUUUUCGGGUUCUUACUCGCGUACGCGUUGUUACCAUUCAUUACUUUUGGGCCUUACGAAAGGCGAAGAAAGAUUGCGUUAGUUUGGGUCUGCCUGGUGUCGGCCGGUGGGAUGCUGUGCGCGCUGGUCGCGUUGUUCUACGCGGCACCGGCGUACGAGUGUGCGGCGUGCGCAUACUUCACGUGCUUACCGUUCGCGCCCGACAUGUGCGCGUCGCAGGACGUGCGCGUGCGGCAGCUGGACGGGGUAUGACGGCGCGCGGCCCGGGCGCCCCCGCCGCCGCCGCCCCCGCCCCGCGCCCACGUGCGCCCGCCCCGCGCCCCCCGAGUGUCCGCGCCCCCCGCGACCCCCGCGCCGAGCCGCCGCCUAGCGCCGAGCCCACACCGUGCCGCCCAUACCACACCAUCUCUUGGCUCUCGCAGCUUCACUGCUACAGAAACUCAAUUUACAUUUGAGCACCAGGGGCAAGACAAUACUACUCACUGCCAGUCCAAAACAAUGGCCAUGCCAUAAGGGGCGAAUGUUUGAUGUCUUGUACGUAAUUUACUGUUACUUAAUGGUUUAGAAAAUGUCAUGACGUGAAGAGCUCUCAUAAAGAUAAUUAAUUUACUAAAGUAAAUGAAAAGUAAGUAUGAAUGCGAUGUAUUACAUAAUGUACUCAUUCAGAGUUGAGUUUCUGUAUUGGGUGUGCUGUGUCGCUACUGCCCGACAAUUGUACGAACGUGUCGGUAUGAGAGUGUGCUCUACUUACUAUCUAGGCGAUCCUUUAAGGUUUUUGAUCGUCAAACUAGACUAUUAUAAAGUGUAUGCGAGUAUAUAUAUUUUUCAUCGAUUAUUAUUAUUUAAUUUAUCGAUAGAGACGUAUUGUUGGAUAUUAAGAUUUGUUGUUUUGUGGACUCAUGAUUUGUCCCUGAAUUUCGAGUGCGAACGAUCGAAUUUAUUUUCCUAGCAUAUUUUUCGAUGUCAUGCAUAGUCAUACUUUUAAUACUUGAAUAUUAAAUUCUUACAUGCAAUGUGUUAAGUCUGAUUUUGUAAAAAUAAUUGUCAUAGCGUUGUUCAGUCAUGGCUGAUAUACUCGUGAAAUAAAUUCGAUCCGAGUUGUAUUUUAAAUAAAAAUAAUUGUGCUAAAUCCACGGAUAUAGAAGUAACAUUGCGGACGCGACUUACUACUGUAAAUAUUCUGUAAAAUAAACUAAUAUUGUUACGAUCGUAAGUGAGUCGUGGUAAGUGUGGUUACGUUUCGCGUGAGUCUUACGGGAGCUUCGUUACGUCACAUUGUAUAUUGUUAAGCCUGUAUCUAUGUACACAACCUUUACGUAUGUACACAGAUCUUAUAAUAAUAACAUUUCGCACACAGUACCAUUUAAACAAAACAAUAGCAUAUUCUAAUAUUUCCUCUCCGCUAAUGUGACCUAACGCGGUCCCGUAACAGUGUCAAAAUAUACAUAAUUUAGUAUAUUACUAAAUAAUGUAAAUAUAACGUUAACAAACAUAUUUUUCAUCUAUUAAGUUCACCGUAUAUGAACGAAUUCAGUCUAUGUGUAAGUAUUCUAAUGGAUUUUUGAUUUUGUCAAUUUAUAUAGCUGUAUCAAGUCUGCGUAGAUUUACAUUUAUUUUAUAUAAUAUGCUAGUGAAUAUAUAAUAUCGUUUAUAUUUAGGAGUAUUUAUUUUACUACUGGCAGGUUGUAGGAGACUUUAUCGUUCACUAUCAUUCAUACUUUAUGUACAUGUUUUAUUACGAAUUUACAUUUAAUACUAGUCACUACGUGAAUUAUAAUAUUUUUUAGUUUAAAAAGUACAUGUAAAUAUAUAAAUUUAAUCAAGCGAAAGUGGUGAUCAUUGUAAUUAAACAGUUAUUUUGCUAAGGAAUGUUAAUCGAGAGUGGGUGUGUGAAUGUGACAAUUUUGUACAACUGGCACGAACUAUAGGUAUUGUACUUAGAACAUUAUAAUGUUUUAACUCUUAAAUUGCGCACAUAGUUUAGUUAUAUGAAUGUUUCCGUUUCGGGGCAGUUAAGUGGCCAACUCAUAAAGAUACUUGACCUAGUGACAAUUGCAAUGAGCACUUAUUACCUCUAUUCUUUGUUACCGUUUUAAAGCGGUGUAAUCAUAGGCGUCAGAAUUUUUUAAGGAAACUUUGUCUCUCGAAAAAUAUCAAAAACUUUCAUGACUAUUUACGAAAAAUCAUGAAGCUGCGUAUUCACUGUAAGACAGUUUGACCAGUCGAGUUAUCAGACUAUGUUACAUGUUAAAAGUCUAUGAUAAAGCAAGACAGUAACACUAUGUUUUGCGAUAAGUGAUCAGCGAUAUGGGUCUUGUAACGAAUAGAGAACUUUAUUUAUCAUCGUGAAAUAUCUUCAGUUUCAAAAAUUGGUAAAUCCCCGCCUUGAUUUUGUGAUAAACUGUUGUUGCUCUAUUCAAUUAUGAUAUCGUAAACUAACGAGAGAUAAAUGAUCAAAAUUGGAGUAAAUUCGUAAUAUACCUAUGCACAAAGUUUCUAUUUAAUAGCGCUUACUUUUUCAGCACAAAUUGUAAAAACGAGACAUUGGAAAAAGUCUGAAAUCAUAAGAUAUUUUUUUAAUUAAAAUUAUUCAGUUAAGCACAAUUAUUUUUUCUGUGUAAAAUUACUAUUAUACUAGUUAUGUAGUCACUUGUUUACUUCUUAUGAAUUAAUUGUAAUAAAUUUAGUCUGUAACGUGUUGGUUUACAGGAAAGUGAACCUUAUGAUAAAUUGUUUCUUGCGUAACAAAAAGUAGAAAAACCAAUACAAAAAGGCGUAGAAGACAAAUAUCAUAAGGUUCACUUUACUGUGACAUAUAUUUUGCUCAGAAGUCUCCAAUAAAUGUGCAAAAAGCAAUAAACACAUGAGAUGGUUGAAAUUGAACUAACGUGUGCAAAUCAAUGAAAGAAUUAAAAAUGUCUAAUUUGAUUUUGAAAAGUGAUUUUAUUUGUUAAAAUCACUGUUAUGCACGUCAUAAUCAAGUGAUUUUAAUACAAUAAAGAAUAUUUUUAUACACAAUUGAAUACUAUGAAUGGUUUUAAAAGAUUAUAAAUAUAAUAUUACAAAACUGUUUGAUCUUUCUCAUAACAUCAUUUCAAGCUUUGACACGGCUAUGAAAGAAUGCACAUUUUCUCAUCUAUCCACUCUUUCUGAAAAUAAACAUAACUUUCGUAGUCAGGAACCAAGUUAUGACCGCGUUACGUAAUCUUACGUAACGCAGUAUUAACACAACCAUUGUAGAAACGUUUACUUAAAGGGGACAUUUUUACAUCGUAUCUAUAAUUUGUAAUAUCGUGUUUGAAUGUGUGUGUGAAUAUCUCGAUUACUUUCUUUAAAAAAAACAGUGGACGUUAUCUUAAAGUGCCCUUGUGCCCGGCGGCCCGGCGGACUUUACUCAGAAUAAGACAAACUUACAUACAUAAUUGUACAUUGUGAACAUACACCUAAUUAUUACUUGUAACGUUAAGGAUGGUAAAGUAAUCUUAUUGUAAACUAGUAUUAAUCGAACAAGAAACCUUAUUAUCAUAA